AUGACUUGUGCUCAACAUAGUAACGAGAAGUGUGUAUUACAUUGUAAUAACUGCAAUAUGCCAGUAUGUUGUGACUGCUUGAUUGGAGAUCACAACAACCAUAAGUACAGUAAACUGGACAAAGUUUACAAGGAAAAACUCGAAGAUAUUCAGGAGAUCAAACGCAAAAUUGAAUCAAACAUUCCCGUUUUUAAUGAACAAAAGGAGUACCUGUUACAUAUAUUGUCUGAAGACAAUAUACAAUUUACAGAAGAUAAAGACCAAAUUAUAGAAAUCAGAGAUAACAUUGUAAAACAUGCUGAUGUUCUUUUGUCAAAAUUAGAUCAAUUAAGGAAACCAAGAGAGGAAACAAUUAACAAAGAACUAUAUUGUGUGAGACAAAGAUUAGGGGGAUUGGAGAGGAGGAAAAGUCAGCUGAAUCUAACACUAAGUUCCCCAUCUGCCGCUGACGUUUUUGUUACCAGUCUUUUUCUAGAUAAAACAAUGCCAGAUGAAACUGUUAGUCAAGCAGAACUUUCACACAGGAAAUUCACACCAGGAAAACUUUCAAGACAACCUAUGCGUGAUAUAUUCGGCUCUGUAAAUGAAUAUUCUGAUGUUAAAACUGUUCAAACUUACAACACCGAGUUCGACCAUACUAUAAAAUUCAUAAAAUGUGAUGACAAUUUAGCGUUUAUUGGGACUUCUUGGGGUGAUGUUUUACAAAAAGUAACAGUAGAGAAGGACCGAAUCAUUCAGUGCAGUGAAUUAAAAGAAACCCUCUUGGUGUUUGACAUGGCUAUGAUGAGCAAUGGAGAUUUACUGGUAUCAUCAGGAAAAACAGAAUUAAAGCUUUAUACCACAGAUAACCAAGUGAAGACAUUUAGGACGGUUUUUUCUUUAUAUACAUUAGGUGUUCAUGUAAACAAGCAAAAUGAAAUAUUUCUCGGGUUGAGUGACUCAGACUACAUUACAAUUAGUAAUGACAUUGUAAGAAGAGUUGUAUUAAUGGAUCAUAAUGGAGAUAUUAAACAAUGUUUCGAGUAUGACGGAGAUAAUCAAAGACUGUUUACAUGGCCACGCAGAAUCUGUACUAACGACAAAUAUAUCUUUGUUGUAGAUCUCUUACACGGCGGACCAGGGAGGGUGGUGGUUAUAGAUAAAGUAGGACAACUUCAAUGGAAUUAUAAUGGAAGUUUUGAUAAGUUUGACCCAAAAGAUAUAGCGGUAACAUCUACUGAAGUGGUAAUAGUAACUGACUGUAACAAUCACGCCCUCCACGUAUUAAGCCUUACGGGAGAGGUUAUAGUAUGUAAGAAGAUCUCGGAGUUAUGUAUACACUUUCCUUGCAGUCUUAGUAUUGACGAUGAUGACAAACUGUGGGUUGGGACUUCGGACACUAAAUCAAAGGUUCAUGCGUUAAGGCUAACAUAA